GUGCAGCGCUGCACGUUACUGGCUACGCACUGGAGCGGUACUAGAAAUCGAGCCCUCGCCUUCGUCCACUUCCCACCACCGCUGCGAUUCGCUUCGCAACACACACACAGGGCGCCAAAUGGAACACCGCCGUUUCGGCUGCCCUUUGCUCCUCCUCCUCCUCGUUGUCGUCCUCAUCUUCCGUUGCAGCGAAGCCCAGGAUGUCGCCAAUGGCACCGAGCGCUUCGCCUGCGACGUUCCGGCGCCGUGCGACACGUUCGUCGUGUACCGGACGCAAUCCCCGGGGUUCUUGGGCCUGGGCAGCAUCUCGGACCUCUUCGGCGUGAGCCGGGCGAUGAUCGCCAGCGCCAAUAACCUGACCGCCAAGGACGGGGUGCUGCUGCCGGACCAGCCGCUGCUCGUGCCCGUCGAGUGCGGCUGCACGGGCAACCGGUCCUUCGCCAACGUGACGUACCCAAUCCAGGACGGCGACACUUACUACGCGCUCGCGCUCACCGCGUUCGAGAACCUCACGGACUUCAACAUCAUGCAGCAGCUGAACCCGCAGGCGCCGGCCACUCGCCUCCAGGCCCCGGAGGAGGUCACCGUGCCGCUCUUCUGCCGGUGCCCGACGCAGGCGGAGCGGGCCGGCGGGAUCCGGUACCACAUCACUUACCUGUGGCGGCCAGAGGACGACAUGUCCACGGUGAGCACGCUGAUGAACUCCUCCAAGAGCGACAUCGCCGAGGCCAACAACGUCACCACCGAAUUCACCUCCCCGACGGCACAGCCGAUGCUGAUCCCGGUGUCGCAGCCGCCGAAGCUUCCUCCGCUGCGCUACGACGCUAGCGCGGAUGGUUCUGGUGCAAACAAGCGCGGCCGGGGUGUCGCCGUAGCGGCCGGCGUCGCGGGGUCUCUCGUCGCGUUCGCCGCCCUGUGCGUGGCGGCCUUCGCGUACCGGAGGUACCGCAAGAAGAAGGAGACAGUGGUGCAAUUGGGUUCCCCGUACGCGACCCCGAAGCUUUCUUGGCACAAGCACCAGCAGCAGCACAACUACGGGCUUCAAAGCAGCAGUUCACUCGCUCGCAUGAUGAACGGGGGCGGGGACAAGAUCAUCACCAGCGUGUCGCAGUUCAUCGACAAGCCCAUCGUCUUCGGGGCCGACGAGAUCAUGGAAGCCACGAUGAAUUUGGACGAACGGUGCAGGAUCGGCUCUUCCUACUACCGUGCCAAGCUCGACGGGGAGAUGUUCGCGGUGAAGCCGGCGAAAGGCGACGUCUCAGCCGAGAUGAGGAUGACGCAGAUGGUCAACCAUGCCAGCCUGAUCAAGCUCGCCGGCAUAUCCUUCGGCACGGAAGGGGACUACACCUUCCUCGUGUACGAGUUCGCGGAGAAGGGUUCCCUCGACAAGUGGCUUUACCAGAAACCUCCGUCCUCGCUGCCGUCGUCAUCGUCGUCGUCGAGCUCCGUAGACACUCUCUCGUGGAACCAGAGGCUGGGCAUCGCGUUCGACGUCGCCAACGGGCUGCUCUACAUGCACGAGCACACGCUGCCGAGCAUGGUGCACGGCGACGUCCGUGCACGGAACAUCCUCCUCACCGCGGACUUCAGGGCCAAGAUAUCCAACUUCUCGGUGGCCACGCCGGCGAUGGCCGACGCCGCGGACACGAGCAGCGACGUGUUCGCCUUCGGCCUGCUGAUCCUCGAGCUUCUCUCCGGCAGGAGGGCCAUGGAGGCGCGGGUCGGCGCCGAGAUCGGCAUGCUGUGGAGGGACAUCCGUGCGGUGCUGGAAGCCGGGGACAAGAGGGACGCCAGGCUCAGGAAGUGGAUGGACCCGGCCCUCGGGAGCGAGUUCCACAUGGACGCGGCCCUUAGCUUGGCCGGCAUGGCGAGGGCUUGCACGGAGGAGGACGCGGCGCGGCGGCCCAAGAUGGCUGACGUCGUGUUCAGCCUCUCGAUGCUGGUGCAGCCGUUGCCCGUGGGAGACGCGUUCGAGAAGCUCUGGCAGGUCAGCUCGGAGGACAACAUGGGGAUCGUCAAUGAGGUGGCCGCCCGAUAAGAUCGAAACAGGUUACAGAACAGGGUUUAGCAACUAAUUUUCUUCGUUAGCUUCCUAGCUACUCAGCAUGCUUCAUUUUUGUGAAUGUGUGUUUGCAUGCUGCGAGCAGUAUUUUGGUUCAUUUUAUGAAGAAUGCUGUGUCAUGUAUUGUAGUACAAUAUUUUGCUUCACUUUGUACACAAAGAUGACAUUUUGUCGCA